AUGCAGACUCUAUUUAUGGCAUUUGCUGAUGUUGUUUCAGCAUCACCUAUGCAAUAUAAUGUACCAUAUUCAACUGUUCCAGGAACAUCCCGUAAUUUUGAUUUAGUGAUUGAGAAUGAUUCAACAGAGAUAGCUGAACCACCAUUUAUUUCCAGUCAGUUGAGAACAGACGAAUGGCUUCAACGUUACGGCCUUAAAUCACAAAAACUUUCAUUCGAUCAAAUAUUACAAUUAAUCGGUUUCAAAAGAGUAGAAAGUUAUAAUUCGAUACUUGGUAAAAAUAUCACAACGAAAUAUGCUGGCAAUUUAUAUUAUGAAGUUCAACGAGAUAAUGGUGAUCGUUAUAGUUUAACAUGUAGACCAGAAAAAUUACAAGAAUAUAGAUAUCGUUUAUUAAAAGCAUUAAAUCUAUUACGAAAACGAUUAACAUUUAUUACAUCAGGUUCAAGAAGAUUGUUUGGUAUUAUUGGUGAACCAUCCGUCUGUUUAAUAUGUGAUUGUAAAUCGGGUGAUUAUCGAAUAUUUAAUCAAUAUCAAAAUGCUAUUACAAAUUUACUUAAAGAACAAAUAAUAAAACUUAAACAAUUUAAUAUCAUAUGGAUUACACAUGAUAUAGAACAAUUUCAAUCACAAGGACCAAUUGAUGUUACUCCCACAACGAUUGAUAGUGCAAUCGAUUGGAUUUGUCAAAAAAUUUGUCCAAAAAGUAAAAUAUCUGUUAGUUCAACGUGUGAAGCGAUUAUUACAGCAAUGAAAUAUGAUGUUCAUAGUAUCUAUUUGAUAACUGAAGGUGAUUCAUCUAAUACAAAUCGAGAAAUGUUACGUGAUCAAUUGACAAAAUUACGUUCAACAAAAAUUAACAUUCCAUUGCAUAUUAUUAGUUUAUUUUGUAAUAAUUCUGAUACAGAAACAUAUCUAAAAUCUUUGGCACAAUUUGGUGGUGGAACAUUUUUUAUGUAUAAAAUUAAAUCAGAAUUACCAGAUUUGAAAGCACCAUCAAAUUUAUCUGAUCCAACUCGAAUUAAAGUUCAAAAUGAUAAAUUAUUAUUUGGUAGUGUAGAUGAUUAUCCAAUAGAUAUCUCAUUAUUAUACAAGGAAAUAAUUGAAUGUCAAAAUACAAUUGAUAAAAUAGAAAAAAUUCUAGGAUUUAUUCAAAAUGACAAUACAAAUAGUAAAAGUACAAAUAAUUUCGACAAAUCUUCUAGUUUCAUUACCGACGAUUUUCAACGUACUCUAGUAUUACAAUCAUCAUUGAAUGAUAUAGAUAGUGAUAUGGCUUCAUUAGAUUGGUUAAAACGUUAUGGAUUAGAUGCACAAAAAUUAGAUGUUUUUUCCGUUUUACAUUCAGCAGCAUUUCGUCAUUGUGAUGGUGUUGUCACAGUUUUAAGACCACCAGAUGAUAAAGAAGAUGCCAGCGUACCAGCUGAUCCCAAAGAUAAAUUAAUUAAUGCAAAAUAUUGUGCACAAUUUGCACAUGUUGCAUGGCCAGAUGGUACCAUUCGACAUGUUCAUGUAACACCCGAACUUCAUCGUGAUUAUGAACGUCGAGUUCAUAAUCUUCUUGAAAAAGUCAAAUUUCGACUUCAAUGGUUGAAAAAAGGUAGUCGCGAUGUAUUUGGCACUGUAUUAGAACAAAAUAUUUAUAUUCUUAUUGAUACAUCAAAAUCUAUGCAAAAUCAUCUUAGUUUUGUUAAAGAUAAAAUUUUAUUAUUAUUACAAGAUCAACUAUAUACGAAAGAACGUGUUAACAUUAUUGCAUUUAAUACAGUCAUUAAUCCAUGGAGAGAUCGUUUAACAAAAAUAAGUGAUUCAACGACAUAUAGUCAGAUAUUACCAUGGAUUCAAAGUUUAAAUGCCGAAGGUUCAACAAACACACUAGCUGCAUUACGUUUUGCUUUAGCUGAUACACAAACAGAAGCUAUUUAUCUUUUAACUGAUGGUCGGCCUGAUCAAAGUGAACGACAUAUUUUAUCUCAAGUUCAAUAUCGUCAUUCUAUACCUGUUCAUACAAUCGCAUUUAAUUGUCAAGAUCUUGAUGCUAAUCAAUUUUUAUACAAUUUAUCUAAACAAACUGGUGGUCGAUUUCAUGCAUUUAAUUAUGGUUUUAUAAAUCAUUCCAUUGAACUUCCAGAGAGUGAAGAUAUUAGUUUAUUAAAACAAGAAUUGAUAAGAGGUGAAAUUGAAUUAAAACGUGUGUCUGAACUUCGUGAUGAAUGUAUUGGACGAACAUGGUCAAAAGAAAAUAUCCAUAAAUCAUCAAAAUAUAAAAAUCGUGAUAAUACACCAGCAAUCCCGUUGUUACAACUCAAAAAUCAGAAUACCAUCACAGCAACUUAUCGACCAAAUAGUAGUUUAUCAAAUCAAGCUAGCACAAUUAAUCUCAAUCCAGAUCAGCGACCAAAUGAAUUUUUAUCAGGAAAUAAUGAGAAUAGUAGAAUAGAAACCACUGAUAAUGAAGCAUUAUCGACGGGCGAAAAUAAUUGUAUCACACCGGAUGCUGAAGUAAAAUUAUUUUUGAAGAAAAAUAAUCUUGUUGCUAAACAUCUAACAAUUUUUGAUAUUUUACAACCAUCGAGUGUUACCGUCAAAUCUGAAUAUGUGCAAUCGAUCGAUCGUUAUGUUCUGUCAAAAGUGUGGGAUGAUAUUCUUCCUCUAGCACAUGGAUCCUAUGUUGGUAAAUUACGUCUAAUUAAUCAUUUGGCCGUGGAUUUGAUUACGUAUGAAAAAGAUUUGAACACUUUACUAAAACUUUAUUUGGAUUUCACAUCGAAAAUUAUAUGGAAAUAUUUAUCUGAAGAACAAAAGAGAAAAUUAGCUCCACAAAUAUAUUGGAAUAGUCUCGGCGAGAAAAGCCAAAAUGAGGAAGAAAAAGAAAAAAAGACCAUUCUGAUAAAAAGUGAUAGUACAAAUUUUACAAUAACAUCAAAUUCUGUUACUUUUCAUUUAUUUGAAAGGAGUGUUCUCAGAGACAAUGCUUGGAGAAAACUAACUGCUGAUGAGCAGCAAAAUUUUAUUGAAAAUCCCCCACGCUAUGACGAAGACAAUAAAAUUUUGUUACAGAACGCAUUGGACGAAAGUAAAUCAUUAUUGAAAAUAAAAUCUGUACUGAAAUUAGAUAGAGAAAUCAAAAAAGCCGUUAAAUUUCUUCAAAUAUCGACUGAUUUACGAAAACAUCAAAAACGUGAUAAAGUGGAAGAAGUUAAAUCAAAAACGGUAAUUCGACGUCAAACAUAUCCAUUCAUGUCUCCAGGACAACGUGUUAUCGUACGCUAUGAUGUAGAUGGUUUUUUUUAUCCUGGUACGAUACUAAGAACAAAAGAAGAUCAGGCUACUGUUCUGCUUGACAGGGGACCACAACAACAAGCUGAGAAACAAUUGAUAUUUCCAACAAAUGGAGCUGUUAAUCAACUUUCAUUAUACAUUAAUGAUUGUGUUCUUGCACGCUUUGAUAAAGCUAAUUUCGAACGAUGGGUACCGGCAGUUGUUCACAUAACGCCCCCUCCAUGUUUAUCAGUGCCACAAUUGUAUACAGUUCACCUAUAUAUACCUGAAUUAUGUGUGAAAAUAGACGAACAAAUAGAUAUUAUGACUUACGAUAAAACUCUUUCAUCCGGGAGAGUGAAAGAAAGGAAAAAUGAAUUUUCUCAAACACGUCUGAUACCAACGCCACCAAUAUCUCGUUCUGAUACUCCUGUGAAACAGGAGAUCACUCAUCGAGAUCACUCCGCUCAAACAACGUCUCGUUUGCCCAUAUCAGGUCCUACGCCCGCUGCAUCACUGCGGUCUAGUAUAGCACCAGGUACUGAGGUACUAUGUAGAUGGGAGGAUGAUGACGGAUUAUUUUAUUGGGGGUCUGUGAUAGAAAAAUAUUCAGACUAUCAGUAUGUUGUUGAACGGAACAAACAUGUAAAGAGUUUGAUACAUCAAGACGAUAUUUAUUUACCGGAAGACUUUGACACUGAUCUAAAGAGUGAAUCAUUUGUAAUAGCGCUUUAUCCAGAUUUACGUAAUAGUCGGGCACCUGGGGUGUUGAUAUCAUCAACUAAGAUAACGGAUAAAGGUGAAGAAAAAAUUACUGUUAGAUUCUAUGAUUGUACCGAAGUUGAUGUAAUAGUCAGCGAAAUUAUUCCAAUAAUAACAAAAAAUAAUAAUGAAGACGAAAAAUUUAAACAAUACGUCGAAUGCAUUAUACAAAAAGAAAAAUCAAUCGUAGAUCAAGUUGUCGUAGGAAGAAAUGAUGAUGUCGGGGCUUAUAUGUUAGGUAAUCAUGUUUUCGAUGCUUUGAUAUUUCUAUAUCUUAUACAGGCUUUUUGUCUAUUAGGAACGGUGGAAGAACGUGUUGGUAACGGUCAUCAAUAUCGUAUUCGAUGGUGUGAUGAUACUAAAACCGUCCAAGAGUUGGCGCAUCUAUUUGGGGCAUUUAUCAGACAAGGGAGCUUUCGAAAACGUGACAAGAUAUUGGCACUGGAUGAAAUGGUGUAUAAACCAGCUACCAUUAUACACGUUGAUAGAAAUUCGUUAACUAUACAAUUUUUCGAUGGCAGAAGAGAGACAAAAAUAUCAUCCGAUGCCACAUUUCAAAUAACGGAAGAAUACUAUGACGAUAUCAUUAAAAAUAGUGAACAUUGA